AUGCGCAUCACCGACGUUCGCACGUUCCUGGUUUCCGGCGGCACGCCGGAGCGCGCGGGUUGGCGCCAUUGGCUGUUCGUGAAGGUCCAUACGGACACGGGACUCUACGGCGUCGGCGAGUGCUGGGGAUGGCCGCGGGUCGUGCAGACGGCGAUCGAGGAUCUGACGCCGCUGGUCGUCGGCGAGGACCCGUUCCUGAUCGAGCGGAUCUGGCAGAAGCUGUACGCCUCCACGCAGGGCCACGGCAUGACCGGCGUGGUCGGCAGCGGCGCCAUCACCGGCAUCGAGCUGGCGCUCUGGGACCUGAAGGGCAAGGCGCUGGACACGCCGGUCUGGAACCUGCUUGGCGGCAAGAUGCGCGACCGUAUCCGGCUCUACGGCCACGCCUUCGACGAGGAGCGGGCCCGCGAGCUGGUCGACCGGGGCUUCACGGCGAUGAAGCUCUUCGGCUGGCGGGAUGCGGUGAGCCGCGUGCAGAGGCUGCGCAGCGAGUACGGGCCGGAGAUCGACCUGAUGGUCGAUGCCGGCGGCGGACCCUGGCAGACGCCGGCGGACGCGAUCUCGCUGGGCCGGCGCCUGGAGCGCUACGGCCUGCUGUUCUACGAGGAUCCCGUGUCGGCCGUGGACAUCGAAGGCCUGGCGCGGGGUGGCAGCAGGGCGGUCGACCUGCCAAUCGCGAUCGGCGAGGCCUAUCCCAACCUGUUCGCGCUCUGCCCGCUGAUCGAGCGCGGCAUCAUCGACGUCGCGCAGCCGGACACCGGCCGCUUCGGCGGGCUGUGGCAGAUGAAGAAGCUGGCCGCCAUCGCCGAGGCGCACCAGGUGAUGGUGGCCCCGCACCAGGGCUCGCUCGGCCCGGUGGCGGAGAUGGCCGCGAUCCACCUGCUGGCGACCCUGCCGAACUACCUCAUUCACGAGUACUUGGUGAACGACGUCCCGCAGCGCUACGAGGUGAUGACCGGGCAGCCGGUGAUCGAGGACGGCACAUCCUGGUGCCGGACCGCCCCGGACUCGGCGUCGAUCUGGACGAGGAGGCGAUCGGGCGGUACCCGCCGCACGGCAACGCCAUCCCGGUCGAGGAGGACCCCGACUACGACUACCAGUACGUCGCCGCCCACCGGCGCCGCGCUGCGUGGCUGGCCGGCUAAGGACGAUCCGCUACUCUUGGAUCCCGCAACCAGCGAUACGAAUAACCUCGACAUCGGGCAGGCGUUCGACAUCUGCGAUAGCCGACAGGAUAGCGGUCUCCGGGUUAGGCCCAUCCCGGUCGAAAUCAAGGUACUGGAUCCCGUCGGUACGGCCGACUAUCGCAUCAUCGCAGCCCGCAUCGAAAAGGGCGGCGACAACCGUGUCGCUCUGCAGAUCUAG